CCUUUUAACAAAGAAAAUAUUAUCGAUUAAUAGCAUUAAAAACCUCAGCUUUAGCAUGAAAUAGUAUGGGAACGUUUGCCCUAGUCUAAAUUGUGAAAAACUUCUAUUCAAGUUUUAAUUUUUUUUCCACCAACAUGAAAACGAAUUUCGUUCCUCGAGUGAAUCAGCUUGAUUCCAUCCAGUUGGACAACGAGAUUAUCAACAUACUGAAGGAGCAAAUUUACAGCGUUCUUCGGAACCUUCCGCCCGGUCUCCUCAGCCGCUUUCAGCCGGAAAUCAAUCUGCUGGCGAGUUCCGCUUUGUGGAACUUCUCCAUCCGAAAAUCGUUUGCCACAUUCGGUCAGCAGAUGCUUUCGAUCACCUACGAACAGGAGCAGCUCGGUACCGGAAAGCUGAAGGCCCACUAUGCCCUCACAGUCGCACUGAGCUACCUGAAGGAACUGGUCCAGUUUCGGCUGACAAGCGUCACAUUCCUCCAGCGGUUGAUAACGAUAGUGGAAAAUUGCUUAACCUGUAUGAAUUUCAUCAACUUUUUUCGCUUCUUGCGAACGGGACGCAAGCCGUCGCUGGUGGAUUACGUGCUCCGAUUGGAUCACCGGUCGAUCGAUGGAGCCAAGCGAAGGACGAUCGGGUAUUCGUUCAUGACGCGCGAGUUGAUAUGGGCCGGUUUUAUGGAGCUGCUGGGCUUUACGGUGCCGGUUAUCAACUAUCAUGCGUUGAAGCGGAGGUUGAGGAAUUUCCUGAAGAUGGAGAGUGGGCUGCAGGAGGUAAAGCGGAUCGAGCUGGAUGUGGGAAGCAGGUGUGUGUACUGCACCGAGCGGGUGACACUGCCCCAUCAUAUGGGGUGCGGACAUGUGUUCUGCUAUUAUUGUUUGCAGGGAAAUUUACUGGCCGAUUCCGGAUUUCAGUGCAACGUUUGCGACUUCAAAAGUGGUACCUUUGAACGGGUCAUCGUUGGUGGGUAGAGGGCUGGUGAUUGUAGGAGGAAUAAGGUGAUCGGUUGUAUUUGUUGUUACAGUUGUAA